CAGCUCCGUCACCAGUCGAAGAUAUUAUCGAUCCAGAUCUACUUGCGUUUCGUCCUCCAUCAUUCGAGCGAACAAAAUGGAUCGAACAUCGGCGACGACAAUUAGAACCAUUAGAAAGAGCAUCGAGAUAUUUCCAGCGUGAUUUAGCCGAUGGAGAAUAUGAUCAGUUAUCGGAGCAUGAACAACUACGAGAUACCUAUCAAUGGUUACCAUCAGAAUUCAUUAUUCAAACAGAUGGUAAAGUAGACAUUCGAAAACCGAUUCUUCAUUUACCAGUAAUACCCAAAUA